AUGUUUUUACUAUGGGCAGCUUUCAUAUUCAUGCGUCUUGAAUUCUGCGUUGCAGCUCAAGACUGUGUUCCUGGUCCAAUAUCUCUUUCUAUUGACAAUACCACUAUAUCACCAACGGGCAAAUCUCAGCGUGGAGUAUCGCUAAAAGUUGGAACUCCACCGCAAGAAUUUGCUUUCCUACCAAAAUGGAAUAAUAACAAUACAUUUAUAUAUGGUCCCAAAUGCGAUCCUGAGGGUGGUAUUAUAAAUACAAACGACGCUUGCAUUACGUUUCGAGGCGGCAUAUAUGGAAACACGUCAGGCACAAGGGGUGUCCUCGCCUCAUCUUUCAAGCCCCCUAAAGACCUAUGGAGUUCGACAGAAUACGAGAUGUUCACGGACAAUGUACAGCUAAACACCAACAACAGCCUACAUGCGUUCCCACUGGCGAAUCCAACGGAUAUUAAGACCUGGGACACGCAAGGUUACGAUCCUCAAAACAUUAUCGGACUUGGAUCUGGAUCGACUAUAAUAGAUGCCUGCCUCAAGGCGGGAACCAUCGCUUCUGAUUCUGUCGGUUUUUUCUGGGGAUUGGACGGUGUUCUCGAUAAGGAUCAAACGGAAGGCUCCCUUGUCCUAGGGGGGUAUGACAGGGCCAAGACCUUUGGAAACGGCUAUACAAUACCGCUUUCAGACGAUCCAGAUUGUCCAACGGGAAUGGUCGUAUCUAUUGCCGAUAUUGUCCUUAACUUUGUUAAUGGGACAGAUUUUUCUCUGUUUCCCGACAGCAAAGGUACUCUUUUGACGGCUUGCCUGAUACCCGAGCGCCCGACGCUUAUGGAUAUGCCUCGUUCCCCUUAUUUUGAUAACUUACUCGAAGCUAUCGGAAAUGAGGAAUUUAAACGAAGUACAGGAAUUGACUACUGGAAUGUCAUUCUAAAUCCAUCGAUGUCAAUGUAUACCGGCGACAUAACUUUUACAUUGGAUAAUAACAUGGAUAUCACGAUACCUAACCGCCAACUUAUUGUGCCGAAGCGUUACAUCGACGAUAAUGGGGAUUUGGCUAUCAACUCUUCUCUACCAGUCAUACGCAUCAACUCCCUGCAAAACACCACAUCACAAACUCUUCCUAAUCUCGGACGAUAUUUUCUCACAGCUGCGUACGUCUUGUUCAAUCGCGAUGCCAAAGAAUUUACACUCUGGCAAGCAAAUCCAACAUCGGAUGAGGAUUUGGUGUCUGUCAAUACGACAUCAGCACCAAGCUCAGGAAGCGAUAAAGGUGGAAAGCCAACUGUCACCGAUACUGCUUCAAAAGCCUCCUCCUCGCUCUCCUCUGGUGCAAUUGCUGGUAUUGCCAUCGGCUGCGCAGUCAUUAUUGCUAUCAGUCUCGGGAUUCUCUGGUGGUGUCGGAUUUUGCGUCGAAAGUCCAAAGCAGGCUUGGAGAGAUCCACGUCACAAGAACGGACCUAUAAUGCCGAUGAAAGCUUCUAUCAAAAACAUUCUCCAGUCACGCUACAAGAGAUGCCGUGUGAAUCAAGGGGAGUUGCUGAGUUGCCAAGUUGA